AUGUAUAUAGACACUGUCUGUGCAUAUUUCUUGGAUACAGACAUAUUUGGACAUUGUCCAAUGUCUGUGUCCACCAUAUGUCCAAAAAAUGUGAAUUGUUACCGGAUAUUGUCUGUACAAAAAAUGACAGACACAGACGUCCG